AUGGCGCGCACACGUUCGAAACCCGCAAAGGCCACGCCCAAAGAAUCCACGCCUGAACCCACCACCACAGCCAAACCGCUGCCCGCAAGCACAUCGAACCCCCCAAAGUUGUUCGUAUUACCGAAAGAUACGUCCAAAGACGCGCGCAUAGUCAGCCUCGACAACCCCGCAAAUGAUACACACUCAAGAUACUACUUCUGCCCGCAGAAAGGCUUCUACGAGUUCACGCGCAUCGCUGCGCCGAAGAAAGACUUCAAGAGUUGGUUGAUAACAGGAGAGAAGAGCGAGGAUGACACCACAGAGGAAGCAGACGCCUCACGGAUAGGCAGCGGCUACAUCACCAAAUCCGCCGACCUCUUCAUCGCAACACCCAUUGACGUCCUCUUCCUCAUCCUUCCCGCCCUCACACCGAAGUCAGCAAAAGAGACGAAACAACACUUCCUCGCCUUCGAUGACUACCUCGACACACUCUCAUCCUCGUCGCCACACUGGAAAGCGUUGUUAUCACAAUGCCCCACCCUCAAGGCUAUGAUAGAAACCAAGAUGCGGAAGAUAUGCGACACAGUCGACGCAGGCGAAGAGUCCAUGUACCGCCUCUCCCAACCCAAGCUCCUCGAGGUCCUUGUCACAAAGGCCGAGCGCAUGGUGAAAAAGGGGCUUCCACCGUCAAUGGAGGAGAGAUUCAUCAAGACAGCCCUGGAGAUACCCAUCAUGAGCAUAAAGCGCGAGGAAAGCACACUAACCACCACAACAACGCCCGACGGAGACGCAGAGAAGGAGAACAGCACAAAAGUUGACUCGCAAACGAACGUCACAACAACAAUAACACCCCCCGACGACGCCCCCUCAAAACCCACCCUCACAACCCCCACCGAAAUCCCCCACCUCCUCCGCCUCCGCACAUCCCUAACCUACCUCCUCUCCUCCUACGUUCCCCCCUCCCUCCGUACCCCCUUACUCGCCCUCCUAGCCCCACGCUUCACACCCCUCGACACCCAUCUCUCCGCCAUCGCGACCCUCAAAUCUGAAGCGCUGUCCCUACGCAGCAUAUCAGACAACAUCAGUCGUAAACGGGCGAUUGAAGAAGACGAAGAGAAGAUUGCGGAAAGGGAAGAGAAGAAGCGGAAGAAGGAAGAUGAAGAGAGGAAGAAGAAGAGUGAGGGGAGGGGGGUUAAGGCGCUGAAGAAGGUGGAUACAAGUGGGAUGAAGAAGAUGAGUAGUUUUUUUCAGGUUAAGCCGAAGACGAAGUGA